UAUAUUUUAAAUAUUAUUUACGCGCUCUCUCCACUUGUCUGGAAUUCUGCCGUAUUGACACAUUUCCCAUCCACCGACGAGUGCAUUCUUCUGGUGUUUUUUCACAACGCACAGCGGGUGCUAUCAGUACAUACGAAAGACUGCGAUCUGCGACGAGGACAGUCUGGAAUGCAGUGCGUUAGCUUACUUUGCUUGCAUUAUUCGUGAUCGUUGAUUUACAGUAUUUUUGAUUUUAUACUGUUUGUCAUGUUUGAACGUGUUGGGUGAUGCGAUGGUUAUCAGUGUGGAAUACAUCUGGCCAGUUUAGCAUUGGUUGAUAACUUUGCCCCAUUCUCCGAGCUGUAGAAAUAUCCAUGGCGGACAGCGUGGUUGAGGAGCCCGUGGUGAUGCGGAACAGCGACAGCGACGCGCUGACCAACGACGAACAGUUCCUCUCCAACAUCCCCACCGCCGCGCGUCUCCCCCUCAUUUCCGGCAUCCGCCAGCGCAGUCAUCUCCCGGACGAUGUGCUUCAAAGGGAAGGCGCGACGCUGCCUGGCGUCGGUCAAGCGCCGAGCAUCGCUCCUUAUGCGCCGCCACCUGCUCCCUCCAGUCCGCGUCGUCCGGAGCGCUCGGACGCGGGGAGAUUCGGCGGUCGGCGGGGCGAGGAGGUCGGCAGCCGAGCGACGGAUGUGUAUCCGGAGAUCGGGGCGGAUUCCGACCGCGAGCGAUUGCUGGAACGCGCAGAGACUGCCAGUGGAUUUCCAGCGGAAACCGCCGCCACCGCCUCGCAGCAAACACAUGUGCCGCGCGAACGCAGCAACUCCGUGGCGCACGAUGGGAUGCAGCUCGAUACGGCGCCACAGCAGCAGAAGCUGACGUUCGUCGACUCGUCGCUUCGCAAGCUGUUCGAGAGCAUGACGCUGGCCAACAAGGCAAAAUUGACGUCUCCCACAUGGAAUAAUUUCAGGGGACUCAGCUCAGCUCAGAAGAUCCGUCUGAGUAACGUCAUUCGGCGGGCCUGGCACAUGAACUAUGUUUGUGCAGUUGUCAAGCCUGUGCGGCCGGUGAAUGCUUCGUACGAAGUGGACAACUCGGUGCAGCUGGUGGCGGGCAAGUACUGGAAGCGUCGGCUGGCCAUCGUCUCCUCCGAGUACCGCCGCUGGCGGCUGUGGUACAAGAACCGCAUCUCCGGCGUCCGCACCCGCAGCGACAGCAUGGCCGCCAGUGCGGUGAGCGAUCCGCACAGCGGGAGCAUGGUGAUGCAGCCGUGUUUCGAGGAGUCCAUCGUUCUGGACGACGUCCCCCUGCCGGAUUUCACCGACGCCCUGCUGCCCCGCCUCGGUACGCAACACUCCGCCUUCCCCAAUCCCCGUGAAAUCGACCAAGCCGGGUGCGCGGAAAUUAUCCAAGCGGGACUACUGCCGCUGCUGUCGUUGUUGGAUGACGUUAAGGCCACACUGGAGAUGUGCAAAGAGUAUUUUACGCGGAAAAAUGAGGCUUCGUCCGGCUGCAGUUCCACGGGACAGGUCGGGAUGGACAGUUCGCAGGAGUUGACAUCUCUGGAUUAUUCCGGCGACUCAGAUGCUUACUGGAAGCAUUCGCUGGCGCUGCCCCUCAGCUCCCCGGCUCCUGAUCGGUCCACCACCAACAGCUACCGCACUCAGUCUUCGUCCGGCGCCUCCAGCGUGCACAUGUCUCCGCAGUCGCCGCAAUACUCCCCGCCGUCCCCGACGACAACGCAGCACAGCGGCGACGCUUUGGACGGCAUGCUUUCCCCAGACACCUCCCGCCCGGGCCAGCUGCACCAGCCGAGCGAUCUGUCGGAGUUGGCGCCGCGUGGGGAGGACACCCAGCAGCGAUCGACAUCGAGCCCGACGCCCGGCGUGGACCCGUUGAUCCAGCCGAAUGUUCUGGCGGCGGCGCCGGACACCUUCGGCCGGUCCAUCUCGGCCAGCAGCGGCAGUGUGGUGCAGCCGGGCUGCGCGGCGCCGACGGGCAUGCAGACCGGAAGCAGCAGUGCGCCCGUCAGCCCAUUGAACCCCAUUGUGCCCAGUAGCAAAGCGGUUUUGGUGCUGCCGGCGGAGAUUGUCCUUGAGCCGCUGUUCGUGCCCCCUUCUGCCAACACCCACGACCCUGCAGCACGCUCCUCCGAACAGUCCGCCUCGCCGGCCAGUCCCGCUACAUCACCGACGCCCAGCUCCGGGAUACUCAGUCCGGAAGGCAGUUUUCAUGAUUUCAAGUGGCCGCCUGCCAUCGAUCUGGAGUGGCCGCAUCCGGACAUGGCCGUCGGCUGCGGACUGACGAAUCCGAGCAACACGACGUGCUUUAUCAAUGCCACACUACAAUGUCUGGUCUAUACAGCGCCGCUGUAUAAUUACUUUAUGAAGAACAAUCAUCACUGUCGUAUCAAAGGCUCGGACUUUUGUCUCACUUGCAAGCUGCAAGAGUUGCUUUUGUCCGUGUUGAGCACCUCCCCAUUGGAUGCGCUGGAACCUAAAGUGAUUAUUGAGAAUCUUUCCGUGUUUGCGGAAGAGCAUUCCGAUGGCCACCAGCACGACGCCCACCAAUUUCUUCACUUUGUGAUGAAUGACAUGGUGCGUGCAGCGUCGGGACACCAAGAUCCGGACACCGUGGAUGGUGUCGAAACAACCAUGCCGGGUUGGAUAUUCCACGGGGUAUCUCAGUCCAGCGUCCAGUGCAGGGAGUGUAAGCACACCUCCGAACGGUUGGAGAGCUUCUGGGACAUUCAGCUUGCCAUUGACGAGAACGUUAAUCACCUGGAGGACGCGCUGCGCAUCCACACCCAGCGCGAGGAGUUGACAUCGCAGGACAACCUCUACUUUUGCGAACAGUGUGGAAAGGCGACUUUCUCAACCAAGCAGCUCACGAUACAGGCUCAACCCAACAUCCUGACGGUGCUGUUCAAGCGAUAUCUGGAUACCGGGGAGUCGUUAUACAAGGUGGAUAAGGAUGUCGCCUUCCCAGAGCGGCUCAAUUUGCGCCCGUUUAUGAGUGACCCUAAUGAUGCAUCCGACGUCAUCUAUAAGCUGUAUGCAGUGCUCGUGCAUUGCGGCAAGUCUUUGAAGUCCGGUCACUACCUAUCCUAUGUUACCAUUGACGGGAAAUCAUGGUUCUGUUGCAAUGAUGCAGAGGUGUCGCCGGCGGAUAAGCGAACUGUUUUUAAACAGAAGGCUUAUAUGCUGUUUUACGUUCGAACUCCCUGUGAUCCGGAGAACAGCCACAUCCCAAUGAGUACGCCGGUACGGACUUCCGACGGGGCACAACUGGUCAGCGGGCAGUCACCCAGUGGACCGCACUGGGAGUCCCCUGCCAGCGACAGUGAACUGCCGCAAACAGUGCACAGUCAGCCGUUGUCUCUGCCGUCACCUUUGAGCAGUGAAUCUGACGACAGUUUUGCUGCACUGCUAAGGGAAAUGAACCUGUUCUGGGUAGACCCGGAUGUCAACCGGUUCAAAAAACACCUCUUCAGGAAGGGCUCUCUGAUGUCGCCCAUCACGGGGUCCUCUGGGACAACGCCUUCCGCCUCUCAAAGUCCCACGACGGAAGAAGCUGACGGAGUCCUGACGAUUGAACUGCGGGAUGGCAGCGGUUCAAAGAGAACCAUCCCGAGUGGCACCGGCCAGUCCACGCAGGACGUGCCAACGUCUGCUGUCUCCGCGGAGUCGCCGUCUCCCGUCUCGCAGCCCCCGUCCCCCUUCUCCGCGCAGCAACUGAAUGAGGAGAUCGCGCUGCACCUUUCUCGCGCCUGCCACCGCGAUCUGCGGGGAUCGGACGGAAAGUACCUGCACCGGGUACACGAGAAGACUGGGAUUUCGGUUAAAUUACCGGCGUCGCCCGACAGUGAUGCGGUUACCCUCUACGGGAAUCCUCUCGGAUUUGGAGAGGCUCUCGAUCUCCUCGCUCAGCAGAUUCCGGAUAAGCACGUUGUUCACGUGCAGCUUCGAGCUCCCGGCAGCAGCCACAGCUGGCUGGCCGGCAGUGACUCGGAUGGGCUGAAGGCCAUGCUGGCCCGCCUGUGUCGCGGUGUGGAAGUCCAGUUCUUCCCCGAGAAAGACCUGGUUGUGGUCACGGGAGAGCCUGCCUGGCAAGUCUUUCAGGUCCGUCGUGUGCUGGACCUGAAAGUGCGGAAGCUCUGCGCCGGAUGUGUUCGAGAGCAUAACGCCGUGGACGAUUCGGUGGAUAUUCCCCAUCGCUCCCCCGCGCCCCGCGCCGAAGAAAUCCAGCAAAUCCAGGGGACCGGCAAUGUAUGCAUGGCCGAGGAGAAGGAGGUGAUUUUGCUCGGCUCCCAGGAUGCGAUGGACGUCGCCAAGCCCAGCAUCAUCCACCCCGGUGAGGUGUCUGUCACGGACGUGUCCAAGGAGGUCGACCUCCGCAUCAAGUUCCCCGAGCGAAAGGACAACCGCGCCGCCAAUGCCGACGGCAAGCAGCUAGCUCCCACCGUGGGAACCGCCUCCGAAGUGCCUAAAAAGGUCAUCGGCGUCACCGGCCGCCCGGAGGACCGCGAAGCCAUCCCCAGCCCGGCGGAUCAGAGGGACGUUAUCGGGAUCGGCGGCCAGCGCCGCAACGUGGAUGAAGCCAACGAAAAGCUGGCGGCGCGCGUCAAGGAGCUGGAGAGGUUGGAAAAACAACGGGCGGGGCACAACUACCCCGCAGGGGUGCGCGUGGACAUCACGCACCAUUUGCAGAUCAGCGGCCAGCACGGCGGGAACAUCAGCAAGCUCCGUAACGAAUUUCAAGUGGAGAUUCAGUUCCCGCACGACGCCGCUGCCAGCGCGGACGCCGACAAGACCGUCACCAGCGGCCUGGAGUCGCAGGCGCCCGCGGCGCGCGACAAGGGCCAAGCCCGCACUGAAUCCGAGCAGCGCAAGUCGCGCGUGGAGGUGCCGCUGGACAGCCGCACCCAUGCCCGCAUCGGGGACGACAACGGCCGCACUCUGACGGACCUGGAUAACCGCUUCCAGGUGAAGAUCAACUUCCCGGGCCGCGACGACGAGAAGGCCAGCGGGGUGACGGUGGCGGGCGAGACGGUGAACGACUGCGAGGCGGAGGUGAAGCGCUCGUCGACGGAGGACAUCGACGAGAGUGCAGAAGAUGUGUCGUUCCAGUUGGGCGACGUGGUGGAAAACGAGACAUUCCGCGCCUACCACGCCCCGGCCCCCGCCGCCCAGCGCCAGAUAGCCCGCGAGCACGGCUCAGCGACGGCCGGCGAGUUCAUGGGGAAGAGCGCGCCCUGCCAGCAGAACCUGGAGGUGGUUCCCACGAUGAAGCGCGGCAACUCCAUCCCCGACGCAUCCGCCGCCCACACCAGCGGCGAGAAAUCGGCGCCCACCGAAGAGACCAGCGGCAAAGCUCCCGCGAAAGUUGUCCCCGGCAGCCCGGAAGAGUGCGAGAUGGCCAAACAGGCGCUCCUGGUUCGCGAAGCAGGAAAAAAGGAUGCAGGAGUUUCGCGCAGAAUGAUGCCGACGCGCGGCGUGGUGAAGACAGUGCCUGAUAAAAAGGUUCCAUCGCUUCCCAUCAUUUAUCCGAUCAGCAGGGUGCAGUUUUCGGUAAGCACCCAUGGAACGGAGGUGCUGACGCUGGGUGGGCACGAGUAUCUGCGUGACCACGGCCGAGAAAACUGGUGGUGUUGUCGUCAGAGGGGGUUGUGUCGGGCCAAGCUGGAACUGCAAGGCGACGUGGCCGUCCUGGACCCGAAUCACUGGAAGCACAACGCGAAGGCACGGGAGCGCGCUGAGCCAGCGGUGCACAGCGAAGAAUCCCCAGCGCCAGCUGACGUGGCGGAGACGGAGGAGAACGAUCGCCAGACAGCCGAUAAGCCCGCGAAGACGGUGGACGUGCCCCGUGAGCGGGACCACAGGGGCCGCUUCGUGAAGAAGUCCAAGAAGGACGCGUAGGUGACUGGAUGGCCCUCGAAGUCCACACGUCCAUUCCAGAAGCCACUCGAAAACGCGGACUGUGUGCAGCUAUGUCGAUCAGGAAGCAUCCUGUGUUGUCGGUUACUAGAUUGUGUUACUGUGUUUUGUUAAAUUUUAACUUGGACGGUUGUUCCUGAUAUCUGUUUGUGUGGUGUAUGUACGACUGCAAAGUGGACUUGCACGUACGGUUUGAUACUAACAAUUUUUUCUCUUGAUUCGUAGUUUCCUGAUUCUGUUCCUUCUUUGCAACUUUCUGUUUCCUCGAUUCUCGUAGCUACGAUUCUAUCUUUUCUAAUCAGUUGCCUCUGCUGCGAUACGAGUUAGAUCAAUA